UGAGCCGGGCUGAGGAAGAGGGCAGCCAUGGAAGGCAACAGAGACGAAGCCGAAAAAUGCAUCAACAUCGCAACGAAAGCCCUCGAAGCGGGAGACAAGCAAAAAGCUAUCAAAUUCCUGAACAAAGCAGAAAAACUGUACCCAACCGAGAAAGCGAAAGUAUUGUUGGAGGCCUUGCUGAGGAAUGGCAGCUCCACUGGUAAUGGGGGUGCGUACUGCAGGAAGCCAGCAAACGGGACACAGGCUGCUCCCCCCCAGCCACAGAACCAGGAGGCGGGGUCUGGAGACUCCUCUUCCAAGGGCUUUACCAAGGAGCAAGUAGAGGGGGUGCAGAGAAUAAAGAGGUGUAAGGAUUACUACGAGGUGCUGGGCGUCGGUAAGGACGCUAACGAAGAGGAGCUAAAGAAAGCCUACCGGAAGUUGGCACUCAAGUUCCAUCCAGACAAAAACCAUGCACCUGGAGCCACAGAGGCUUUCAAAAAGAUUGGCAACGCGUACGCAGUGCUGAGUAACCCAGACAAGCGGCGGCAGUAUGACCUCACCGGAGGGGAGGAGCCAAGCAGCCCAGGACACGGUGGCCAUGGGGGGUUUGAGUUCCACCGGGGUUUCGAAGCUGACAUCACCCCAGAGGACCUGUUCAACAUGUUCUUCGGAGGGGGCUUUCCCUCAUCAAGCACACAUACAUUCACUAAUGGGAGGGAUCGAUACACUCAGCAUUCGGACCAUGCCAGACGGGAGCGGGAGGAGAGGGGAGAUGGAGGCUUUUCCAUGUUUAUUCAACUAAUGCCGAUAGUGGUUCUGAUCCUGGUGUCCGUCCUCAGCCAGCUGAUGGUGUCCACUCCUCCCUACAGCCUGUACUCCAGACCGUCGACGGGCCAGACAGUGAAGAGGCAGACCGAGAACCUUCGUGUGGACUACUUCGUCACUAGAGACUUCAAAUCAGAGUACAAGGGCUCGGCGCUGCAGAAGAUCGAGAAGAGUGUUGAGGAGGAUUACGUGAACAACGUUCGCAACAACUGCUGGAAAGAGCGACAGACGAAAACAGACCUGCUGUAUGCUGCGAAGGUGUACAGGGAUGAACGGCUGCGUAAGAAGGCCGAGCUCAUGACCAUGGACAACUGCAAAGAGCUGGACAGAUUAAAUGAGCUCUUCCGUGGUGGAUAAGCCCGCCACACCACAGACUCUCUUAAAAAACAAACAAACAAA